CCGGAAGCUCUAUUUAAACGCCCCCGCCUCUCGCCCAACUUCUCUCCCGCUCUGCUCCUCGCCCCGGCUCCAGACAGCGAUCGCACAGCGCAGCUCGCCCCCGUUCCGCUCCGAUCCAUCGCCGUCUCGGCCUCGGCAUCUUCCCCCGUUUCUUCCAAGCUUGCCCGCCUCAAGAACCUCCCCAGCCAUGGCCGCGAACUCCCCCUUCGACUGCGUCCUCCUAGACCUGGACGACACGCUGUACCCGGGCAACACCGGCCUCGGCCCCGCCCUGAAGCGCAACAUCGACGAGUUCCUCCAGGCCAAGCUCGGCGUCUCGGCCGAGCGCGCCGCCGCCAUGCGCGUCGAGCUCUUCCGCACGCACGGCAGCUCCCUCGCCGGCCUCAUCGCGCUCGGCUACGACGUGCACCCGGACGAGUACCACAGCUACGUGCACGGGCGGCUGCCGUACGACCGGAUCGCCGCCGACCCGCACCUGGCGCGGCUGCUGCAGAGCAUCCCGCAGCGCAAAGUGCUGUUCACCAACUCGGACCGCGCGCACAUGAAGCGGGCGCUGGAGCGGCUGGGCGUCGACGAGUCCGUCUUCGACGCCGUGGUGUGCUUCGAGACCAUGAACCCGCACCUCUUCGGGGAGGAGGGGCGCCGCGCCGCCGCCGGGAGCGACCCCCGGGCCGUGGUCCUGAAACCGGCGGUGGACGCCAUCGUGGCGGGGCUGCGCGCCGCCGGCACUAACCCGCGCCGCACGCUCUUCCUCGACGACAGCGAGAGGAACAUCGCCGCCGGGAAAGCGCUCGGCCUCCGCACCGCCCUGGUUGGCAAGAGGGUGAGGAGCAAGGAUGCGGACUACGCCCUGGAGAGCAUCGGCGCGCUCUGGUGGGUCAUCCCGGAGAUCUGGGGCGCCGCCGCUGCCGGCGACGGCAGCGAGCGCUCGGACCACGGCAUCGACAAGAUGCCGAUGAGGUCCGAUCUGGACUCCAUCAUCCAGCCCACGUCCAUCUAGGCCUAACCCGAUCCUGCACGGUCGACGCCACUAAUAAAGCUCUCCCUCCCUCUCACACUCAAUUAUCUUGUAAAUUAUAUUCUGAUUACUCCUGAUGCGUGUGUGUGAAUACCUGUACCUAGCUAGCUGACAGGCAUGCACAUCUCUGAUCAGCAUCCGCUUUGUAAAUCGUCUGUUGUUUAUGUAAAGCAAUCAAGUGCAAUGCAGUGCAGUGCAGUGCAGGACAA